AUGUUGGCUUUCAAUCACUCUGCUUCUAAUUGGCCCACCUUCUCCUUGCUUGGCAUUCCUGGUCUGGAGGCUGCCCACAUCUGGAUCUCCAUUCCCUUCUGUCUCCUGUACACCCUGGCCCUGGUGGGCAAUGCCCUUCUGCUCCUCCUGGUUAGAGCAGAGCAGAAUCUCCACGCGCCUCAGUUCUAUUUUUUGGCCGUGCUCGCCCUCACUGACCUAGGCCUUUCGUUGUCGACGAUGCCCAGUGUCUUGGCUGUCUUCUGGCUUGACGUCCACCGCAUCGGCCUGGAUGCCUGCCUGACCCAAAUGUUCUUCAUUCACACCCUGUCCUCCGUAGAAUCUGGAGUCCUGGUGGCCAUGGCUUUUGACCGCUUGGUAGCCGUCUGUGCUCCACUGAACUACACCAGGAUCCUAACCCGCCACACUGUGGCCUGGCUUAGUGGAGCGGCUCUCGUCCGAGGUGCCACUCUGCUGGCCCCUCUGCCUUUUGUCCUUAGGACCUUUCCCUUCUGUGGGGCCACUGGCCUCUCCCACUCUUACUGCUACUACCCGGAUGUGCUGAACCUGGCCUGUGGGGACGUCACUGUCAGCAGCGCCUAUGAAUUGGCGUUUGUACUCUGCACGUUUGCCGCGGAUGCUGUCUUUAUUCUUGCUUCGUACGUGAAGAUCUUGGGGACGCUUCUGAAGCUGGGGCCUCCAGGCCGAACCUGGAAGGCACUGCAUACCUGUGCGUGUCACCUGUGCACAGUGUGUGUGUUCUACCUGCCCCUCCUCAGCUUGGCCGUGCUGCACCGGUACACCCACCACACGUCCCCAGUCCUCUACUCCACCAUGAGCGACGCCUACCUGCUCGUGACACCGCUGCUCAACCCUCUUGUCUACAGUCUCAAAUCCCAGCAGAUCCAGGCUGCGCUGCGCAAGCGAUUUGGGGUGCAACGUGUCGCUGCUGGAGAAUAA